AUCCUAACAAGACCACGCCCCUUAACGACAAGGGAGAUAGCUCUUGUUUUCUAUGGUAAAUAACAACAAUUAAAAUGGCGGACAAACGUGCAGAAUCAGUAAAUAGUGAUUCUGACAGCACAGACGAUGUUGUUGUAGGAAAUGUGAAUAAAUUUGCUGUCGUUCCGUCUGGCUAUACUGGUAAACCAAAAAAGGGGCACCUGAUUUUUGAUGCUUGUUUUGAGUGCGGGAAUUUAGGGCGUGUAGACUAUAUCUCAGAACUUGAAUAUGAUUUAUUCAUUCGCCCGGACACCUGCAAUCCACGAUUUCGAGUGUGGUUUAAUUAUACGGUUGAAAAUGUCCGGACAGAUCAGCGCAUUAUCUUCAACAUUGUUAAUUUCAGUAAAACAAAAUCCUUAUACAGAGAAGGGAUGACUCCAUUAGUAAAAUCUACCAGUCGUCCAAAAUGGACGAGAAUUCCAGCCAAAAAUGUUUAUUAUUAUCGCUGUCCAGAUCACAGAAAGAAUUACGUCAUGUCGUUUGCCUUCUGUUUUGAUCGAGAAGAAGAUGUCUACCAGUUUUCAUAUUGCUAUCCAUAUUCAUACUCAAAACUUCAAAAUUACCUGGAUAAUCUGGAGAAGAAAAAUUUUAAAUUUUUCAAUCGCGAACUAUUAUCGUUGACAGUUCAACAAAGACGAUUGGAUCUGAUUACAAUAGCCCAACCACAGGACAAAAAACAGGAACCUUGUGAAGAAAAACAACGAAUAAUUUUUAUAACUGCUCGUGUCCAUCCAGGCGAGACACCAUCAUCAUUCGUUUGUCAAGGAAUUAUAGAUUUCCUCGUUAGUAAUCAUCCAAUCGCAAAAGUUCUACGAGAGAAUCUGGUUUUUAAGAUUAUUCCCAUGUUAAAUCCAGAUGGAGUCUACCUUGGCAACUAUAGAUGUUCUUUAAUGGGCUUCGAUUUGAACAGACAUUGGCAGGAACCGUCACCAUGGGCUCACCCCACCCUCUAUGCAGCUAAGAAUCUUUUAAUGGGCUUAGAUCGUGAUCCGAAAGUCAACUUAGAAUUUUAUAUUGAUAUUCAUGCACAUUCAACACUGAUGAAUGGUUUUAUGUAUGGAAACAUCUACGAAGAUUUGGACAGAUUAGAACGCCAUUCGAUCUUUCCUAAACUUUUAUGUGGAAAUGCUGAAGAUUUUUCUAUGACGAAUACAAAUUUUAAUAGAGAUGCCAUGAAAGCGGGAACUGGACGACGGACAUUGGGUGGAUGCUUGGACGAGUCCGCACAUUGUUAUACUCUAGAAGUUUCUUUUUAUAGUUAUCAGACAAGCACUGCCAGUCAAUUUAUGCCGUACACAGAAGAAGGGUAUAUGAAACUAGGUAGAAACGUGGCUCGGACAUUUCUCGAUUUUUAUAAAAUGACUGGUUAUAUAAGUAGUAAGCCCAGUAGCAGUAUCGUACCAAAACCGUAUAAUAUCGGAUCUAGAGACAGGGCGGGGGACAACAAUAGUGAAUCAGGGGUCAAAAAUUUAUACGAUGACCCUUAUUACACCAGGUGAAUUGACUCAGAUGUUUGGAUAUAUUUUAAUGAAGGAGAGCACGGUCAUUUGAAUCAAAAUCAAAUAUUUCAACUCUUCACAGUGGUCGAUUAUUUAAGGGGUUUGGACUGUUGGUUCAUGCAGUUUUAUUCAUUUGGAUGAUUUUAGUUUGUCUACUGUAUGUUCUGUGUUCUGUCGAGCAGCUAGAAGUAUGAUCAGUAUUGUGGCUUACAGCUUUAUUCACUAGGAAUUAGGCCAUUUUGGGUUGUCUGUGACUCUUGAGUGUAAACUGUACUGUUUGUUCUAUAUUUUGCUGAGCAGCUAGAAUGGACAUUUGUUGUGGCCAACAGCUUUAUUCACAAUGCUUCGAGUUGUACUGUUUGUUCUGUGUUUUGCCAAGAAAUGAAAUGAAAUGGGGUUUAAUGUCCUACUUUUCUGCACCGACUGGGCUAUUGAAGACAGGAUUUUGCCGAGCAGCUAAAACCACAUAUAAAAAUAAUCAAAUAAUAUCAGAGCGUUUACAUUUUGUCAUUAUAUUAAUGAUACAUUACAGUAUAUAAUUUAAAUGACUGAUUAUUUAUAAUAUUUAAAUGCUAUUUAUUUAUUUAUUGUAAAUUUUUGUGUUUAUUGCUUGUUCAGUAUGUAAUAAUAAAUAUUUUUUUUUAAAACUCUAUUCUAUAAAUAAAAUAUUAAAAUUUAAUGCGAAGACUAUCAGUAUUAUAAUAUAGAAAUAUCUGUAUUAAAUGUGGGAGCCAUGGUGGCUCAGUGAGUAAGACGUUGGCUCGCUAAACUGGAGGUCCCAUGUUUAAUCCCUGCGUUGGCCGAGUAAGUUCAUUGGGAUUUUCUGGUGUGGUUUCUCCUUGUCAUUGGUGCAGGAUCGAGGGCCUGGCAAGGGACAACAUAUAGUCGUUUGGAUGUGAUGAAAAACCGAAAUCCUAUGUACACAUUGGCAUGCCCGUGAAAGAUCCCUUGGCAGUUGAAAUUUAAUAUAAGAGAAGGGCGUAGCGCCGCUGUCCGGGAAAGAUUUCCCUCAUGGCACACUGUCGGCAUAUGCCCAUCUUCAUUAGCCCAGUUGGAUUAAACCCUAUGUCAUGUAUUAAAUGUGAUGUUUUUAAUGAUAAAUCCUAGUUAACUUGCGAUAUUUGAUUCUGAAUGUGAAAUAUCUUGAUUCUAAUUCAAACCAUUCUAAGAUCAGAGAAAUGAAAUUGCGUUCAACGUCCUACUUUUCUGCUAUGAUGAGGUAAAUUUUGCCGUGACAGGGGCUCUACAGCCUACUGUUAUUUCGAAUUCCACCUGUCAAGGGUUCUUUAACGUGCAUACCAAUGUCUACACAGGACCUCAGUUUAACAUGCCAUCCAAACGCCUAGACACUGUCCUUGCCAAGGCCUCUGUCCUGCACCAUUGCAGAUUCAGAAUUAAUAUGCAUGUGUUGUUAGGGCCUUACAC